AUGGCGCACAUUUGGCUCCGUCUCGAGCUCUUUGAGCUCGGCCUGUUGCCGUUACCGUCCAAGUAUGCAGCUACCUUGACGCUGAGCAAUGUGAAAAAGGCACUAGAUGCUGUGCAUAAAAAGUGCCUGACGAGCUGUAAUGGACUGGACGCUGUUGCGGGAGAAGACGCUGUGAUGCUGGACACGGAAGGAGGUUUUACUGAGAGUGAUAAUUUAAAUGUUGUCACGUUUGGUGGCUGGAAAGAGGCAGUGGACGACACGUUUCGAUGGAGGGAGCAGGAUUAUAAGGCGUUUUGGCUGCUGCUGGUGCAGUUUCACCGGAUGAUUCCAGUGAAAAAGGAAGUAGCGGACGAGUCAAUGCCGCUCGAUGUCGAGCAGUGCCUGGAAAGAGAGGAAGUACCGGUGUUUAAGGUGGCGAUUCUUCUCUUUAUUCAGACGGUAAAGCCGCAUUCGUGGAGGACAAAAUACUCGCUGAAGUCGUACAAUGCCGUCUGGUAUCGAGAACACGCAGAUAAUUUUGUGUCUGCAGCUGGUCUGGAAACAGCACCUACUGCAGCUUCGACUGCAUCGCCACGCUCGCCACUUCUGGGCGCUUUGGGAUCGCCGCAUAUGAGAGGUGGCGCCAGCCCACCGCCACCGCAGUCUCCACAUGCUGUGGGUAUGGCGGACCGCUCGACAGCGGACUCGUACUACUUGGCGUUUGUGCGGGAGAAGCUAGAGGAUUUGUUUGGGUUACUUUAUCCUUCGGUCGAUUUGAAAGAAGACUCGUCGACGGUUGUCAGCGCAGACCAGGUUGACCUGUUAGCGUUCUUGUUGUGUCUGGGAGAUGCUAGUCUCGUGGACAAGCAGGCCAGGCUAAGCUCGUGCUAUCCGACGUGGGAACAGUCUGAUGACGGCGGUGCAAUGUCCGACACUGAGGCAGCCAAGGAAUUCGUGCCACUUGUGGACAAUGGAGCUAAGGUUUGUCGGUUCUUCAAGACUCAUUUAUCGCUGAACGAGAAAAUGUAUCCACCCGUGGGGUACUCUGUCGCCGCUCUUACGAUGAAUCAAAAGGGCUUGUCAACUCCUUCACCCCCUGCUUUUUCGCUCAACGACGAUUUUUCGCUGGAUGGUAUUGCAGACACACCCGUGUCAGAGAAGACCACAACUCGUCCAUUCGUUCUAUCGCAACUCACAAAGACGACCAUGAUCAAGUGCAUGGACGAGUUUGUGGUGCCUGACGACGCUCGCCAACACCCGGAUCUCAUCAUAUUUUCCUGUCAAGACUCCACAAAUGUGACGAUUUCAGCAUGCAAGAACUGCCGUAUCGUCACGGCGCCAAGCGCAGGAAUUUUGCUGAUAGAGCGAUGUGAAAACGUGCAGCUCACGUGUCUAUCUGGUCUCAUUCGCGUUAGCAACUGUCUGGACACGCGCCUUAACGCGUACACGCUGUCUCCCAUUAUUGUCAGUGGUGAAAAUCUCGGCGUGAUCCUCGGGCCGUAUAACACCAAGUAUUCUGGAUUGAAGCAGCAGUUGUCCACGAUGCCGUUUCUGUAUAACGUAGAGUCCCAUGGCUGUUGGAGCAUGUUCCUGAACUUGGACGACGAGAAAGAUAGCAUGUCGAUCACCGACAAACCUCUGAUUUCGCUUCAAUUGCCCGAAACGUUCCGGGAUACGUGUGUUCCCGUGAAAUCAGCAGGCGGAGUCGGAUCCGCUGAGCGGCCAUUUCCGAUCCCUCCCGAGUAUGUGGCUGUGGUGAGGAAACAGCACGAAACAGUUGAGUCGCUGCGGCAGUUGGUGACCAGCAACGAGUUUGACUUGACGACGAAGCGCACGAUGGAAAUGGUGAUUCAGCUCAAGUUCAAGGAGUGGCUGUCCGCUACGAGCAAUGUGCGACAGAUUCUGGAUUUGGUCCACCUCGACCUAGCGAACGAGUCGAUUAGUAAAGAGUCGCAGUGA